AUGACCACACUAUCAACACCCCGCGGUCACCAGGCCCUCGCCGUCAGCAUUGUAUUUACAACUUUGGCAACUAUCGUCGCUGCCAUUCGUGUAUAUACACGAGCUUGUCUUGUGAAGCAGAUGGGAUCGGACGACUACGUCAUUCUCAUCUCUCUUGCUUUCUCAUGGAUCUUUUUUGGUCUGAUGAUUGGCGAAGUCUUCCAUGGCAUGGGUGAGCACUAUACCAAGAUCCCUUCGGUAAUCUACAAGACUCAAAUGAUCUAUUUCUGGGCAACAGUGCCUAUCUAUCAAACAAGCCUCAUCAGCACAAAGAUGUCAAUUCUUCUCCAAUACAAACGAGUCUUUUCUACGCCGAACAUGCGCCUAGCAUGUUGGCUCCUGAUUGCAUUCCUGGGCAUCUACGGUUCCUGGACCAUCGCAAGUGCCUGGGCCAAUUGCGUUCCUCUUGCGAAGUUCUGGGAUGACACCGUCCCAGGCUUCUGUUUUAAUAAAAAGGCCUUAUGGUUCUCUAAUUCCGCCAUCCACAUUCUCACCGACAUUCUCAUUUUGAUAUACCCAAUGCCAGUCCUGAGAUCCCUCCAACUGCCAAGAAAGCAGAAGCUCGCUCUCAUGGCCGUCUUCGCCCUGGGUGGAUUCGUCCUGAUUACAAGCAUCUUGCGUCUCCAAGCCCUCCUCGUGAUCUCCAACUCAAACGACCCAACCUAUGACAACGUCGGCGCCGCAGCCUGGUCCGCCGUCGAAUGCAACGUAGCAAUUAUCUGCGCCUGUCUCCCUGGUACACGCGCCUUCCUCUCGAAAUUCCUCCCACAGAUCUUCUCCACCCGAAGCAACGGCUACCGCAGCAAGCCCACCCGGCCCUCACACCACGCCCUAACUGGCAACGGGAAUACCACAGUCCUGGCCUCCGUCGUCGGCGGCCGUGAGCACAACUCAGCUUAUGAUCACGAUUUGGAAGAUUUGUCGCCCUCCGAGUCCUUCCGUAGCUAUACCAAGGAGGAUGUGAAGGAGGCUUCCACUGGUAUCAAGGUGACGACCAAUGUCACGAUGGAGAGGACUUCACAGCCGAAGAGUGUCGCUGAUGAUGAUGGAGGGAGCACAAAAGAUCUGGUGACAAAGCAUAGCUAUUGA